CCUACGGGGGCCGCGGCGGCCAGAAAGCGUCCCGUUUCGGCGCGGGCGGCCCGGCGCGGAACCUGUUCGCGCGGCGCAGGGGGCGCGCCGGCUCUGGGACCCGCUGAGGCGCGGGGAGGCGGCAGCAUGGAGGACGACGCUCCGGUCAUCUACGGGCUGGAGUUCCAGGCACGGGCGCUGACCCCGCAGACGGCGGAGACAGAUGCCAUCCGGUUUCUGGUCGGGACGCAGUCUCUGAAGUACGACAAUCAGAUCCACAUCAUAGACUUUGACGAUGAAAACAACAUCAUAAACAAGAAUGUCCUCCUCCACCAAGUGGGUGAAAUCUGGCACAUCAGUGCCAGCCCCGCAGACAAGGGCGUGCUGGCCACCUGCUACAGUAAGAUCACAGACAGCCGAGUGCUGACCUGCGCCGCGGUGUGGAGGAUGCCGGAGGAGUCGGAGCCGGGCAGCCACGAGUCCCCCGACGAGGCGUCCAGCACGGCGCACGCCCUGGAGCUGCUGUGUGACCUGGACGGCGCGGGGGCCCACGGCAGCGUGGCCUGCGUCGUGUGGGAGCCCACGGGCGACGGGAAGCGGGUCGUCUCCCUGGCCGACAACCACCUGCUGCUGUGGGACCUGCAGGAGAGCUCCAGCCGGGCCCUGCUGGCCGGCUCGGCGGCGCUGGAAGGCAAGGGGCAGCUGAGGUUCACCUCGGGGCGCUGGAGCCCGCACCACAACUGCACCCAGGUGGCCACCGCCAACGACACCGCCGUCCGCGGCUGGGACACGCGGAGCAUGAGCCAGAUCUACUGCAUGGAGAACGCCCACGGGCAGCUGGUGCGGGACCUGGACUUCAACCCCAACAAGCAGUACUACCUGGCCUCCUGCGGGGACGACUGCAAGGUCAAGUUCUGGGACACGCGCAACGUCACGCAGCCCGUGGCCGCCCUGGAGGAGCACUCGCACUGGGUGUGGAACGUCCGCUAUAACCACUCGCACGACCAGCUGGUCCUCACGGGCAGCAGCGACAGCAGGGUCAUCCUCUCCAACAUGGUGUCCAUCUCCUCCGAGCCCUUCGGCCACCUGGUGGACGACGAGGACCUGAGUGACCAGGAGGAGCGCCGCCCGGAGGACAAGAGCCAGGAGCCCCCGCAGGACGGCGUCAUCGCCACGUACGAGGAGCACGAGGACAGCGUGUACGCCGUGGACUGGUCCUCGGCCGACCCCUGGCUCUUCGCGUCGCUGAGCUACGACGGGCGGCUGGUGAUCAACAGGGUGCCCCGCGCGCUCAAGUACCACAUCCUGCUCUGACCGGGCCCGGCCCGGGGACGACAGCGAGGGGCCGGCACAGCGCCCGCAGCCGUCCCCCUCGCCGAGCGGAGACCUCGGCCUCCGGACCCGGCGCCUGCCGCCGGCUUGGCCCUUCUCUCUCCUUCGGGGACAGCGCGGCUUGUUCACUUAAAAAAAAAUCUUCAUUUCCAUGGUGUUAACUCGUCUUUCUCCUGAGAUAAAAAUGGAAUAAACA